UGAGGUAAUAAUUGAUUAUGAACUUGUAGAAGUCAACAAUGAAGAGCAAGAACUUGCUAAAUCAAAUCAUGUGAAUAAAGAGUUAGAUAUAGGAAAUAGUAGAGAAAGGGUAGGGAUAGGGGCUGGAGUAGAGGUAGAGGCAAGGAUAGAGGCAAAG